GGGAGAGUGAGGGAGAGAGAGGUGGUUACGUGGAGCGGCACCCCACUUAAUCAGGCAGCAUACGGCAGCCCUGCAGUGCGAUCACACAGUGUGGGAAUGGGGCUAUGAGAUCGAGAGCAAAAGGAAGAAAGAGAGACAUGAGAGUGAGGAGGGGGGGGAGUUAAAAAGAAGAGCUUGAGGGAUUUGCUCGGAUGAGAAGGGGAGAUGAUCUGAGUCUCUUGCCUGUCGUGGACGUGGGAAAGGACGUGGCAGCAGGGGCUGAGGUUGAGGCAGAUCUGCGGUCUCCUGUGUAGAAGUAGCCGGCGUCAGGACGUUAUGCCCUGUGAGCAGUGAGGGGAGCGUGUGUGAGCCGGGAGCAGCUGCUGUGACUGCAUCUGCGCUGCCUGCAUGUCUCAGACAGGCAGGGGAUGCAGCAAACCUCUGCCCUGAGCACAGAGGCUGCUAGCCGUACCCAGCGAGGAGAAGAACCAGGUGGGCUGGGGUGGGAAAAGGGGGCGUCUGCCUUAAGAAAAGGAACUAGCUUAACCUGCACCUGUAGUGAUCCCCCCUGCUUCAGAGUCAAGACGCUCACCUGCCGUCUGCUGGAUCUGAACCUGGAUUUACUGCUCUGAGAGAUGAGAAGCACGCUCACUGGCAGAGCCGCACAGCCAGCAGUCUGCUGAAGAGUGUGGAUGCUGGGAAGCACUGGCACCACCAAGGACACCAAGCCUUUUUCCAGACAGCUUUGAGGAGUUUGAAAUCAGCACACUCUGGAAAUCCUAAGCCAACCAAUUUUUUUUUUUAAUGUAGGAUUUAAAAUAUUUCUACCUGAUCGUACUUCUUGUGGCUCUGGAGUAAAGAGGAAAACAAAAUGAUUUAAGCCAAUGUGUAUUCCUUGAUCAAAAAUAACACCAGUACCUCAACAGUACUUUAGAAUGCUGCUACCUUCCUUGUAUGAGCCGUGUCCUUGCUCUCAAAGAGAUUGACCAAUGAAGCCAUGGGACUCAGCCAGAGCGUUACAAAUGGGGCCUGUGGUAAAGCCCUGGACCAGCCGGUCGGAGAGUGGCUGGAGCACGUGGGGCUGCCGCAGUACGAGAGCAAGUUCCUGCUCAAUGGCUUCGACGACCUACGAUUCAUGGGAAGUAACGUGAUGGAGGACCAGGAUCUCAGAGACGUCGGGAUCACUGACCCAGGACACAGGAAGAAAAUCCUCCAUGCGGCACGCAGCUUCCCCAAGGUGAAAGCACUGGGCUGUGAUGGCAGCACGUCUCUUGUGUCCUGGCUGGACGGCCUCGGCCUGCAUGAAUAUCUGCCCAACUUUCUUUCUAGUGGCUACCGCACACUGGAGUGUGUCAAGAACCUGUGGGAGCUGGAGAUUAUCAAUGUUAUAAAGAUUGGUGCCCUGGGCCACAGGAAGAGGAUCAUCGCCUCUCUAGCAGAGAGACCCUAUGAAGAGGCUCCGUCCAAGUCCCGUCGUCUGUCUCCAAUUAUGUUCCAUGACCUCCUGUCCCAGAACACGUCUCCCCUCAGUCAGUUGGACCCGUACACCAGCCGCUCCAUGGACAUGCUGCUGCCCUUGACUGAGUCGGACCGGAGGAGAAGAGCGGUGGAUCAGGACUGUAGUGUUUCCCUGCGGUCGUACAGCGAGAGGCCGCGCUCUGUAGACAGACAGAGUGAACGACAGAAAGACUCUCGUUUAAACCUCCGGCCUCCGAGCCAGUCUGCUACCUAUGCCACGGUGUCCGCCUGGCAUCACCAGCCUGAGAAGCUCAUCAUGGACUCCUGCGGAUACGAGGCCACCUACCUAGGAUCAAUGAUCAUCAGGGAUCUACGAGGGAUUGAGUCCACACAAGAUGCCUGUGCUAAAAUUAGGAAAUCAAAGGAUUCAAGAAAGGGUCCAGUAGUCAUACUGUCCAUUACCUACAGAGGGGUCAAGUUUAUUGAUGCAGCCACGAAGACUAUAGUGGCGGAACAUGAGAUCAGGAACAUUUCGUGCGCCGCCCAAGAUCCGGAUGACCUCUGCACUUUUGCUUACAUUACCAAGGAUCUGAAGAGUGGACACCACUUCUGUCACGUCUUCAGCACAGUGGAAGUGACACAGACAUAUGAGAUCAUCCUCACCCUUGGGCAGGCGUUUGAGGUGGCCUAUCAGAUGGCAAUGCAGUCGAGGGCGAGACACUACGUCCCGCCUACAUCUCUGCCCUCGGAGGUCAUAGAGACCAAAACCAGCCGCCCUGUGUCUCAGUCGUGGAACAGCAUGCGGAGAUCAGCAGUCCUCCUGCCUCCCAGGGUGCCCCUCCGCUCGAAUGCCGCUGCUGUCACUGUCACACGUGUACUACCCACCGCCCCUCCUUCCUCCCGUUGCACUCUGUUAGCCCCGGAGUCCAGAUGGACCCCCUGGAGAUGGACGCAGACAUGCACUCCAUGGGCAGCACCACCUGGCUCUUGGACCAGCGGGACUCCCACAGGCGCCCCGUCAGCACCAAGUAUGAGACCACCAUAUUCUGAGGCCGGACCCCUGCAGCCGCCCCUCUGCACUCCCUCGUACUUUCUUCUCCCCCCUGCAUCCGGGUCUUUAUUUAACUCUCACACACACUCAUACAUGCAAGCCCCGUGCCUUCUCACUGUGAUGGUAUAGCAUCCCUCAGGGCGCCCUACUCCUGCACCCCCCUCUGCCCCGCCCAGCGACCCACGCCGACCUCUCUUUACCUGCAAUGACAAAACACUCCUGCGGCCCCCCCUCGGUACACCCCCCGGCAGCCUCCCUCCCUAUUGCUGCUGCAGCCGAUGGCGGAGCCCUGGAGCGGAUGAUCCUGGACUGAUCUCAUUUUACAGUGGCCCUGCUCUCUCGACCAAACUGCCUCUUCCUCCUCCUCCUCCUGGCAACUUGCAUCUGCCUCAAAAUCCCCGAUAGCUCCCAGAGGUUGCUUCUUUAUUGUUCUUCUUCUUUCACACCAUUAUUUUUUCUUUAUUGAUUCUCUGCAGGCAAAACAAGCGUUUUCAUAUGAUUUGAUUAGCUUUGUAUCUAGAUUAACAUUGGGUUUGUUAAAUGUACAGAAAUUGUAAACUUGAUAAUAUUGGGUAAGCUAAAAACGUGUGUUAUACCAAAACAGCCAGUGUGUUAAGCUGUUAGAGGAAACAUUUUGUUUUCUUGCAGAGAUAGGAAUAUUGAUACCACUCUCAGGUCUGUACAGUAAAUAUGAAGCUGCAGCCAACAGCCAGCUAACUUAGUGUAUCAUAAAGACUGACAAAGCUAACGUGGCUCUAUCCAAAGGCUGAACAAAUAUCCAAGGUUUUGUACACUUAAGCACAAAACGUAAGACAUUUUCAAAUAUGUCAGCUAUUGUACAAGGACCAUAAUCAAUUAUUUGUUAUCCAUAAACUCACAACAAGUUGAAUAUCAAAGAUAUGCUAAUGUACAGUAUAAAGUAUAACAAAUAUUUAAUAUGGAAGUAUAUUUAUUUAAAAAUCCUGACCUUGACAAUCCAAUUUUCCAUGGGAUUUAAUGACUUCCAAGUUGUAUUGUUAGAUAAGUGACUCUAAACUAUAUACAGUAUAAUACGGCAGUCUUUGAGAACAAAUGGGUUUUACAAGUAACUCACUUUAGAAGCUUUAGAGAUGCUGGCAUGUGGAUUUAUUUUCUAACCAGCUCGAAUUAGAUUCAAUUGCUGCUAACCUUAGCUAGCUGGCUGCUAGCGUUGCUUCAUAUUAACCAUGCAGACGUUUGAGUGGUAUCAAUAUAAUAACUCUAACUUUAACGUGUCAUUUUGAAAUAGCAAAAAACAAACGUUUAUUCUGUAAAAACUAUUUUUGAAAGUUUAUUUUAUCACCUUUAAUUUCAACAUUUCUGAAUUGUUUUUGUGAUUUUGCCUCACAGACAGUUAUUUAUUUUGUUCCUUUCUCCAUCUUUAGCCUGUCCUGUCUCACCAGGCAUCUACCACUGUGAGGCACUAAGAGGAGGCUGCUUUGAUAAGCAUGGGAUGAAAGACGGACAUUUAAAUCAAUGAAAAGACAAAACAGCAACAUGAAGCAAACAACCUGUUGUUUUUCUACGCAUUUGUACAAUACUCACAACACCACCAUGGAUUGGAUUGGUCGUGAACCUAUCAUGGAUGAUGUCUGGACUCAUGUGGACCAAGAACUGAACCCUCGUACACACACACACACACACACACACACACAGGAACUUUCCUACACUUUACCGAGGACAACAGCCUUACGUCAUUUAGGUUAUCUAUAAUCAACUAAAGCCCCCGACCUUGCUGAAUAUCAUCACUACCCAACAACUGCACGCCUCCCCCUGCUUUUAAAAGACUGAAAAGAAGACGCCUCUUCUCAUUUCCUGGUGUGUUUGUUGACUGACCGUCCGAACGACGUUCUUGAUGGUACAGUUUUGUCCAUAUGAGAGUCGUUGCUCUGGCCUUUGACUGCCCUGCAGUCUCUCAGCAUUCAUGGUAGCACCGAGAGACUGUUUUAAUCACAGUAUCUUCUUUGUCAAUUUAAAAAAAAAGAAUAUCACUGUGUUGAAUCGUGGCACUAUCCCUUUUAAUACCAUCUUUUCUUUGGUGCAUUUAUAAAGUGCUUUUUGAUAGACUGGGGUCGAUUGAAAGGAAAGCGUGAUUUAAGGAAGGGAUCACAAAGGAUCCAAUCAUUGAACACACCACCAAAGAAAGUGUACUGACAUUAAAUCUCGCAAUUUUGGUAAUCGCAACCAAAACAACGUCCUCAAACACAUUUUCCCAUUUGUAUUUUAAUGAGCCCGGAGCACAAUUUGGCACAGAUUUCCUAACAUAGCAUCCUAUUAUUAUGAUUACAUGGGUAGCUAUCCGUGCUGUUUCACACCAAUUUUAGAAUUAGCUACAGUACAUGCAAAGUAUGUCACUUGAAGAUAAACGGCAGUGAAAAGAUUUAAUUCCACUACAUAAAAAAAAGAGCCAAAUCCUAAGUGUUGCUCUGUUAAUGCGAAUGGAUUUUUAUGCUGGGAACAUGACACAGUUUUUUGUGUUUAGAAACAAAUGAAUUUCCCUCCUGCACUGUGACUCAAAAUGCUCGUUGUGGAGUUGACGCGUAUCUGUGGGUCCUCCCCUGUUUGCACUUCCUGCUGUAUGCCUGGUUUCUGUCUGUCCUCAUGGGAGUUUGGACUGCUGCUGUUUACAUCCCGUCCACUGUCCUUGUUUCUGUGUGAGGCAUUGAGCUCGUCUCCACUGACUGUUAAGACGGUCUGUGUGCGGUGCCACUCUGUUCUGACUGUUAGCUUCCACUGACGAUGCAUGCUGGCAGUGUUUCUGUGUUCUUGAUGCACUUGGCCUAAGCAGUCUCUGUUUGUACUGUAGCUGUGUCUCGUCUCUCUUCGCUCAUCUCGCCAUUUGCUUUUUAUGUUCCCUCCUCUCGACACCAACACCGCGCGAUUCAUCCCCAUCCCUCCCCAUGUUUCCACUGUCCUCCCAACACUUUGUAUAUUUCUUCCAUUUUCUGUGUCACCAAGACAACCUGCUCUAGUAUGGAUGAAAAAAAAAAGAAGGCAUUACACUUUAAUGAGCAGCAGCUAUUUAAAGCAAGUUUUGGUGGCAUGAUUUUGACUGUGCAUGUACCAGUCUUUUUUAACAUCAAUGUUUUCCUUGUGUAGCUCACCCCAUCGUUCAAGUUUCCGGAUACCAAGCUGUGAGUUGAAGGGGAGCAGCCGAUGUGAGUGUGUGUGUUGUUGUUAGAGGGCAGAGCGGAGGGAAAAGAGGUAGAGGAAAUGAGAGGUAAGCCUAAUGCAACGUGCAGGGCCAAACAGCUACUCUGACAUUUAUAUCUCACUCUGUAUAUCCCCUGCUCCUCCACCGGCCCCAUAUCAACCCCAACACACAGACGAAAGGUAACCCCCCCACCACCGGCUAUACGGGACCCGUGUAUCACUCCUGUCUCGAGUAAUCAGAAAGGGUCAGUCUAUUUCCUGGCCUCCAUGUGGCUUUCUGAUCUCGUCAUGUAGGUACUGUUAUGUUUAGAGCACUGUAGACCACUAAUGAGCAUUUCUAUUGAUUCAGGUCUAUUGGAGAUAGAAACGGUGGGAGUUGUUAAGGAGAAAACAGAAAUGUAACGACGUGUAGAGAAAAAGAAAAAGAAAAAAAACUGUACCAGCAUACAAUGCUUUGCCCAUGUUUGUGGACAGAGUAUGGUUUGUCAAUGAAAAUGUGAUACUGUUUCAAAUUUCAAAGCAAUAUUAUAUUAAUGAAAAAUUAAAUAAUACAAUGACAAAACAAUCCCUAUCAAGUCUGUUGUCAGCUUUGGUUUUGCAUUAUGGCUCAAAAAGUCAAUCACAGAAGGAAACAUAACACCGUCUGUUUGAAAGGUAAAGUGACAAACCUGUUGGGUAAUAUUUAACAAUUAUACUUUCAGUGUUUCCCCUGAAGUAGAACAUUUAAUGUAUAAUGUCAACAAACAAUCAGUCUUGAUGUGUGCCUACCAUGGUUUGGAUUACACAUUGAGAAACUGAAACGUUGACUUUAAUUAAAGAUGUUGUGUCAACAGAUUUCCCACAACUGUAUUAAGUUAGUUGAAAGCAAUAACAUUAAGUUUGACGAAAAAACAUUAAUAUUAUUGUCAAGUCACAGAGCUAAGCUUUUGAUUUGUGUUUUUAAAAAAAUAUUCUGCUGUGUUGAUGACAUUUUCAGAAUCCUCAAAUCUCAUUUAAACCUACAGUAACUUUCUAUACAUGUAAAUGACUAUACAUGUGUUGAAUAUGUUCUUGAGUUGUCAACUAACACAAUCUUAAAUGUCACCAAUUAUUUUUCCAAACCUUGAGAAAUCCCUUAUUUUAUUCAACGUAACAGUCCAUUUCAUUGAGUCUCCUGUACUCACAACGUGUGCUUGUUCAGCGUAUAUAACAUUGUGUUUCUCCACUAAAAGUCAUAUAUUGUCUUUUCAAACUAUUUAAAGCCACAUUUUUACGAUGCAUUGUUGAAGAAACACUGAUUUUCAUCAUCUAAAACUGCUCAACAUAAAAUGACCAGGUGUUCAAGAGAGUGCCAUGUAGUGCUGUUUAAGCUCUGAGUUUGUCUGCUUUUGUGUUAGCUCUGUCGUUUUAAGUGUAUCCAGUCAUUGUUUUCCCAGGAUAUUGUUUAAAACAUGAAUUGAGGGAAAAACGGUGAUUUCUUAAAUAAUGUAUUAAUUAUAUUUUUCAUUUGUAUGGUGGAUUGAAUCGUGGCUGCCGAAGAAUGGAAAAUAUUUGUACAAAUAGGAGCCUGUUUAGUACACCACCUUCCACCUAUAGCACCUACUGAAGGGGAAAACACUGAGUAUAGUUUUUGGUUAGUAACUAAAGGUGUAAAAAACAUAAAUUCAGGAAAAAGUACUCACCGUCAUAAAAAUCUGUCUUCAUUAAGAUAAGAAGAGAACCCAGCUACAUAUUAAAAGUAUUAUUUACAAACUCUAAGCAUCAUCUUUGGUACUUGAUGCCUUUCCUGAGGCAUGAAGUAAACCAACAGAUAUGGUUUUCAGUUAGUUGACCUUUUCCAAAACAUUUCUAAAGCACUCUCGUGUUAUGACUUUUUUCAGUAACGCACUGAAACUACUUGCUACUCUUGUCCAGGUUAAAAACUGUAACUCAUUAUGUUUCAUUCAACUGUUUUCUUAAUGUUUUGUGCAUUUAAAUGUGUGUUUGAGAUGCAUCAAUGCAAUAAUAGUUAAGAUCAA